CUUUAUUCUUUCUCUUCUCUUUUCAUAUAUAUAUAUAUUUACAGCAUGACUGAUACUGUCGUUGCCCAUCACGACUAUGAAGCUCAGCAAGAUGAUGAACUUUCCUUUGUUGCUGGUGAUAUCAUCAAAGUGACUGAUCACUCCAAUACUGACUGGUGGUUGGGAACUAAACAAGAUGGUUCUUCUGGUUAUUUUCCAAGUAACUUUGUGGAUGCAGCUGUUGAAAAAGAUGAUAACAAAGUUACUUCAACACCUAUAACAACUGAACAAGAACCAAAACAACCUACUACUGUUGCCAAUGAUGUUGCUACUGAACAAAAGGACGAAAUAAAAGAACCUCAACAACAACAAUCUAUCGGUAUGGCACGUGUCAUGGAAGAUUACGCUAUGCAAGAAGAUGAUGAAUUAACUUUACACAAGGGUGGUAUUGUGGUUCUUUAUGAACGAUCGGAUGAUGGUGUAUGGCUUAAAGGGGAAAUCAAUGGAAAACAAGGUCGAUUUCCUGCCAAGUAUGUCGAAGAUAUUGAUAUGCCUGGAAGACCUGAUCUUGGUGUUGGCCAUGGUGAAUCUACGAGUGGUGAUUCUACUGAAGGGACAAGCAAGGCUGGACCUCCUGGUGGGUUCAAACUGGCUGCUUUUGGUGUCAAACAAGGCGGUAUUGGAAGUGUAUUAGCUGGUGGUUUUCCAACUUUGAAAAAAACAAGUACAAGUGCUCCCAAAGCUCCUACAAAUGAUCAUGAAGAAACAUCUACUACUACUACGACUCAACCAACUGCUCAACCUACUGAUCAAACUAUAAACGAACCUAUGGCAAAAGCAACCUUGGGCAAGGCUAUUGUUCUUCAUCCUUACAAUGCAGAAAAUCAAGAUGAACUGAAUCUGAUUCGUGGUGAAUAUAUUGAAAUUUUGGACCGUAAUGCUGAUGAAGGAUGGUGGGAAGGAAGAAAUGAAAAGAAUCAAACUGGUGUAUUUCCCAGCAAUUUUGUCAAGGAAAUCGAACAUGAUCAACAAGCCCCUCCUCCUCCUGUUCGAUCUCGAAAAUCUGUUGCUUCUGUUGGUGCUGCCACUGCUUCUCCAAUCAUUCCUUCUGAAUCAAGACCUUUUUCUACACCCGCAUCAUCUCUUCAACGAUCUGAUCUAUCAUCGCGCGUCGUUCCUCCUCCCAUUCAACGAUUGCCACCUCUUCCUGAUUCUCAACCUAACCCUGUCACUUCUCCCACGGCAUCAUCUUCCGAAGGACAUCAAAACGACAAUGAAGACGAAAAAGAAACUAUCAAAUCAUCCAAGGAUGAGAAGGAAAAACCAUCUCCCAUCACACCAACCAUUACUGAAAAUCAAAAGACAAAUCAUGGCGAUAAUGAUUCAUUUGAAUUUGAAGGUAAUAAUUAAAAAAAGAAGUAUGGUUGAAAUUAUUUAUGGAAUCUUAAUCAUCAUAUCAUUUUAUAGGCACUCCUGUUGGUGACUCUCAAGAUAUCAAUGUGGAUGAACCUACGACAACAACGACUACCAACACUUCUCAUGCUGUUGCCAAUGUUGAUAAACCGGACCAAGAAAAAUCAUUAUCUUCUUCAUUAC